UGUGGAAUAUGAACACUCAAGUUUCGCAAUUUUGUGCUUCAGCAAUUUAGGGUUAAGGUUCGUUAUUUUUCUCCGAUCGACCUAUCAAGAUUUCCCGAGGCUUACCAUGGGGAUGGAGCUAGGCCUGUACAUUUUCUAAUUCCUCUUUCCCUGCUAAUUCCCUCGCUUGGAAUUAUGGUUGAAUCCAAUAGUUGAUUGAUAAGUGAAUACCAGGGUACACUGCUGAAAGUUUUUGUUGCUUUUAAAUGGGUGCUCCCAAGCAAAAGUGGACAGCAGAAGAGGAGGCAGCUCUCAAAGCUGGAGUUGUGAAGCAUGGUGCUGGAAAAUGGCGCACAAUAUUGAAAGAUCCAGAAUUCAGUGGCGUAUUAUGUUCGAGGUCAAAUGUGGACCUAAAGAUAUAGCACUAGAAGAUAUUCUGACAAAUGUUUUACCUGAGCAUCCUAUCUUGGGAAAGAUUGCUGUGUAUAGAUAAGUGGCGUAACUUGAGUGUGACUGCAAAUGGUUGGGGAUCCCGAGAGAAGGCUAGAGCAUUGAAAAGGAGCCAACAAACACCCAAACAUGAUGGUAGCUCAAAGGCUGCCAGGACAAUGUAUGAAGAUGAUGAUGAUGAACUAAUGGAAAGCAAGUCUCUUGCUACUAAUGAAAAUCUUCAUAUUGCUGGUCAAAAGAGAUCUUUCUCCAGGACAGACAAUCUGAUACUGGAAGCCAUAACAAACCUGAAGGAGCCCACUGGAUCUAACAAGACAGCUAUUGCCACAUACAUAGAGGACCAAUAUUGGCCACCACCAGAUUUUGCAGAACUGUUAUCAGAUAAGCUGAAAGAGUUGACUGCUAGUGGGAGAUUGAUUAGGGUGAAACGCAAGUAUAGGAUGGCACCAACCUCAGCUUUCCCUAGCAGAAAAACAUCUAAACUUCUGAUUCCAGAGGGUAGACAAAGUGAGCCUUCAAGAACAAUCAGGGAUGAUCUAAAACCUUUCUCAAGAUUUCAAGUUGAUGCUGAAUUGGGACGAAUGCAAAGCAUGACAGCGCAGCAGGCUGCAGCCAUUGCUGCUCAAGCUGUUGCUGAGGCAGAAGCAGCCAUGGCAGAGGCUGAAGCAGCAGCUAGAGAAGCAGAAGCUGCAGAGGCUAAUGCCGAAGUAGCUCAGGCUUUCGCUGAGGCAGUGAUGUUAACUAUGAAGAAUAAAAACAAGUCUAACCUGGUAAUAUUAUCGACUGCAAGCAUCUUAUUCUCUUUUAAUUCAACAUGUCUUGCAUUAGUUAGAACAAUUGAAGGCCACCAAUUAAUUGCCAAUUUGAUUGAUCAUUAGUAUGUUUAUGAUACCAGUUGUAGUCCCCACGGGUGUCCAGUUGAUUAGAGGAUGACAAAUUUGCUACAAUAAAACAUAGAUCAAUUUCCAACGGAGGCAUGCUCUCAGAAAAAACUCCUCACAUCCUCUAACCACUUGGCGGUCGGAUCUCGUGAUUUAUCUCUCUUCGCAUCACCUGAGGACAGCCUCUAAGGGGCGCUUAGGAGAAGCAUAAUCACAUUUUGCUAGAAUGAUUACCAAUUGUACUAAUUUAGAUUUGCCUUGUGGACAGGUUGCCUAAGUUUGACAAGAACUGCUCAACUGUGAUUUAUUCUUCAGAACUCACCAUACAAAAUAUAAAGAAAACUCAUUUGAUGCAGAAUUUAGCAAUACUGACAAUGACCAUCAGUCUUGGAAAUCCUUGCGUCGUCUGGACCCAACCACAUAAUGUGUAGUUCCAUAGUGUGUCUAUAUGGCUGUAUGAUCUUCCAUUUGUUCCUGAUUUCAAGUGCAAGAGGGAGGUGAUGAGGAAUUCAGGAGAAAUGACUUGCGGUUUCAGUGCCAGAUGCUUGUUUGGGAGCUGAAGGAACUCAUCAUCCUCAAUCCAUGUUGGUAAGAUUUGUAUUUAAAGGAGAAAAUGACAUCCCAAGUAAAUACAUUCUGUUCUUUAUAGUAAUUUUUUCAGCUCAAUUAAAUUGCA